CCGCACAGCAAAUUUUUCAUAACAGCUUGCUUACUGCUUGCAGAAGGAAGCGAAAAGACAACAACGAGUUUCGGAAUCGCCAAGUUAGAGCCGUUCACCUGCUAAUGGAUUCAUUCUACUCUAGUGAAUUGCAUUGCAAUGUUGAAGUUUAGAACGAGUUCAACAGUGUAGUUAAAUCUUUAAUCAACGUCAUGAAGUUUUGUAGAUACCUUAUAUUGUUUUUACUUUUAAUUUAUGGUGCGCAGUCGAAUGAUACUCAACAUAUUUCAGAUGACAGUGUCCCUUCCGAAAUAGCAACGGGGAUGGAGGAUCCAGCUUCUGCAUCAGGACUGGAAGCAAAUCCAAUUCCAGUGGAAGGUAUUGCAACACCAGAUGUUGAAGAGUCCAGUGUAUCGCAAGACAAUGCAACUUCAGUUCAAAAGAACAUUACACAUGUGUUCAUUAAUUGCUCAAGAACUGAAAAUAUUACUCCAGAAGUUGAGCUUGUCAACUCAACACGUUUACUUAGUCUUCUUGUGGUAAACCCAAACAUCACUAGAGCAGUUUCAGCGGACUGUCUCGGCGUUUACUUUUUUGCUAGAUGGUGCCCAUUUAGUACAAUGGCAGCACCUCACAUCAAUGCCCUUCCAAGGGUAUUUCCUAACAUAAGAAUGGUUGCUGUUGAUGCAAUGAAAUAUCAUGUAUUUAAUACACAGUAUGGAGUUGUUGGUGUUCCAACUUUUAUUUUAUUUCACAAUGGGAGGCCAGCUGUGAAGUUUAAUGAGACUGAUUACAAUUUAGAAAGAUUUUCUACAUUUAUUACAAAAUUCACAACAAUACCACCUGUUGAGUUGAUUUCUGUUACAUCUGCGGACUUCAGUGGCCCAGUGCCCAGUGUUGUUGUAAAAGAACCAGAUUACUUCUUGUGGCUAUCAUGGGCAUUCUUAGCAGUCUCUGCAAUUGUAUUCUUUACUAAGUCAUCCUGGUACCGAAUUAUUGUUGAAGCUGUUAAAGUGACAUGGAGGGAAAGUGAAGCACAACAUGAUCACAUGGACUGAAGUUAUUUAAGGAUUGUAAUGUGUUAUUGUCAUUAAUUAAAAGUUUCUAGUCUCAUCCCAUAAAAAAAGUGGAUUUUGGCUAUUUUCAUCCCCAGAAAUGGCUCUCUGCAAAGCCAUUGUCCCUCUCUCUGGCUAAUUAGUAGUUCUUAAUUUUGUCCUACGUACUGUAUUUUUAUUUGUUAUCUCUCAAAAAAAUAAAAUAUCUGAGGCGAGGUGGAA